AGCUAGCUAGUGAGCGAUCGAGCGAGAGUCAGCCCUGCAGUGAAAGCAGCUCCAGCUUGCAGCCCCCCCAGGUCAUUGGAGCCCAUGCAUUUCAGAAAGAAAACUUGUAUUUUUCUCUCCUGGUUUCGAUCGUCUCCAUAAAUCAGACCGUCGGAAGGACGAGGACGACAGACAGAGGGAGGGAGAGAGCGAGGGAAGAUGCGAGAUGAGAGCCCCUCUGGCAACCUGACCAUUGCUUUGGACAAACCUGGAGAGCUUUUCUUAUCGGCUCUGGGCACUGACUGCAAGUCAAAGGAGGAGUCUCUGUGUGUGUAUGUGUGCGUGUGUGUGUUUGUGUGAGUGUGUGAGUGCAAGGGUGUGUGUGCAUAAACCGCGAUUGUGAGUGUGCAUGUUGGAAUGAGUGUGUGAGCGCUUGUGUGUAUGUUUGUGUGUGUGUAUGUGUAUUUGUCUGUGCGCGUGAAUGUUUCUGAGAUACAUACAUACAUACAUUUAAAGAGAAGUCUGGAAAAACUGAAGCAGGUUACUGUGCUUUUUUGGAGGGGGAGAUGUCCACUCUUUUUUAAGACGAGCUGACUGAAGCCAGUUAUUAUUUGCCUCCCCGUCCCCACCCCCCACCCCGCAAAUGAAGAGAAUUCUUCCUGCAAGCUAGGUUUUUUUCCCCCCUUUCCCUUUCUGCAGCCAAGUGAAACUGAUUAGUCCCCAAACCUUGGAAAUCGACUUGACUCCUGCUAUUGCUGGGAGGAUCAGGGAAGAAAUCGGGGGAAAAACAAAUCGGGGUUAGUGUAGCCCCGUCAGAAAAUGUCAUCUCAAACUAAGUUCAAGAAAGACAAAGAGAUCAUAGCUGAAUAUGAAACACAAGUCAAAGAAAUCCGGACUCAGUUGGCCGAGCAGUUUAAAUGCCUGGAGCAGCAGUCCGAGUCGAGGCUGCAGCUGCUGCAGGACCUCCAGGAGUUCUUCCGAAGGAAGGCAGAGAUCGAGCUCGAGUAUUCCCGCAGCCUGGAGAAGCUGGCCGAGCGUUUCUCCUCCAAGAUCCGUGGCUCCCGAGAACACCAGUUCAAGAAGGAUCAAUACCUCCUCUCUCCUGUGAAUUGUUGGUAUCUAGUGUUGAACCAGACCCGGCGUGAGAGUAGGGACCACGCUACGCUCAAUGACAUCUUCAUGAACAAUGUCAUCGUCCGUCUCUCCCAGAUCAGUGAGGAUGUUAUCAGGCUCUUCAAAAAGAGCAAGGAAAUUGGCUUACAGAUGCAUGAAGAGCUGCUGAAGGUGACCAAUGAGUUAUACACAGUCAUGAAAACCUAUCACAUGUAUCACGCAGAGAGCCUUAGCGCUGAGAGCAAGUUAAAAGAGGCCGAGAAGCAAGAGGAGAAGCAGUUCAACAAGUCAGGUGACCUUGGUAUGAAUCUGCUCCGGCAUGAGGACAGGCCGCAGCGCAGGAGUUCCGUCAAGAAGAUGGAGAAGAUGAAGGAGAAGAGGCAAGCCAAGUACUCGGAAAAUAAGCUGAAGUGCACCAAGGCCCGGAAUGACUAUUUGCUGAACCUAGCGGCCACCAAUGCAGCCAUCAGCAAAUAUUAUAUCCAUGAUGUCUCCGAUCUGAUCGACUGUUGUGAUCUGGGCUUUCACACCAGCCUGGCCCGAACCUUCAGGACCUACCUCUCAGCUGAAUAUAACCUGGAGACCUCUCGCCACGAGGGGCUGGAUGUCAUAGAAAACGCAGUGGACAACUUAGAUGCGAGGAGUGACAAGCAUACGGUCAUGGACAUGUGCAACCAGGUCUUCUGCCCUCCACUCAAGUUUGAGUUCCAGCCCCACAUGGGGGAUGAGGUGUGCCAGGUGAGUGCCCAGCAGCCAGUCCAGACAGAGCUACUCAUGCGCUACCACCAGCUCCAGUCCCGGCUAGCUACCCUCAAGAUAGAGAAUGAAGAGGUCCGGAAAACACUGGAUGCUACCAUGCAGACCCUUCAGGACAUGUUGACAGUGGAGGACUUUGAUGUCUCUGAUGCCUUCCAACACAGUCGAUCCACGGAAUCAAUCAAAUCCGCUGCAUCUGAGACUUAUAUGAGCAAAAUCAACAUUGCCAAGAGGCGCGCCAACCAGCAGGAAACUGAAAUGUUUUAUUUUACGAAAUUUAAAGAAUAUGUGAAUGGCAGUAAUCUUAUCACCAAGCUGCAGGCUAAGCAUGACUUGCUCAAGCAGACCCUUGGAGAAGGUGAAAGAGCAGAGUGUGGCACCACAAGGCCCCCAUGUCUUCCCCCUAAACCACAGAAAAUGAGGAGACCUAGGCCUCUCUCAGUGUAUAAUCAUAAACUCUUUAACGGCCGUAUGGAAACGUUCAUUAAGGAUUCAGGGCAGGCCAUACCCCUGGUGGUGGAAAGCUGCAUCCGUUAUAUCAAUUUAUACGGUCUCCAGCAGCAAGGUAUCUUUAGAGUGCCUGGAUCGCAGGUCGAAGUCAAUGACAUUAAAAAUUCGUUUGAGAGAGGUGAAGAUCCCCUGGCGGAUGACCAAAAUGAAAGGGAUAUUAAUUCAGUGGCUGGUGUCUUAAAGCUGUAUUUCCGAGGACUGGAAAACCCACUCUUUCCCAAGGAAAGGUUUCAAGAUUUGAUAUCCACAAUCAAAAUGGAAAGUCCCGCAGAGAGAGUGCACCUGAUCCAGCAGAUUCUUGUCACCUUGCCCCGAGUGGUCAUCGUGGUCAUGAGAUACCUCUUCGCUUUUCUCAACCACCUGUCCCAGUAUAGCGAUGAGAACAUGAUGGAUCCCUACAACCUGGCCAUCUGCUUUGGGCCAACCCUCAUGCAUAUCCCAGAUGGACAGGACCCCGUAUCAUGCCAGGCUCACGUCAAUGAAGUCAUCAAAACCAUCAUUGUCAAUCAUGAGGCCAUCUUCCCCAGCCACAGGGAACUGGAAGGGCCAGUGUAUGAGAAGUGCAUGGCCGGAGGGGAAGAAUAUUGUGACAGCCCACAUAGUGAACCAGGGACGAUUGACGAGGUUGACCAUGACAAUGGCACAGAGCCUCACACCAGUGAUGAUGAAGUGGAGCAGAUCGAAGCUAUUGCCAAGUUUGACUAUGUGGGACGGUCCCCCCGAGAGCUGUCCUUUAAGAAGGGGGCCUCGCUCCUCCUGUACCACCGGGCCUCUGAAGACUGGUGGGAAGGCCGACACAAUGGAGUGGAUGGACUCAUCCCCCAUCAGUACAUCGUUGUGCAAGAUAUGGAUGAUGCGUUCUCGGACAGCCUGAGCCAGAAGGCUGACAGUGAAGCCAGCAGUGGGCCCCUGUUGGAUGACAAGACCUCUUCCAAGAAUGACCUCCAGUCCCCCACAGAGCACAUCUCUGACUAUGGAUUUGGGGGAGCUAUGGGCCGAGUACGGUUGAGAUCAGAUGGGGCUGCCAUCCCCCGUCGCCGGAGUGGGGGUGACACACACAGCCCACCUCGGGGCCUGGGUCCAGGGAUAGACACCCCACCUCGAGCAGCUGCCUGCCCCAGCAGCCCCCACAAAAUCCCCCUCAACCGAGGCAGGAUCGAGAGCCCAGAGAAGCGGAGGAUGGCAACCUUCGGAAGUGCCGGCAGCAUCCACUACCCGGACAAGAAGGCCCUUUCCGACGGGCACCCGCUGAGGUCGACCUGCGGCUCCACACGGCACAGCAGCCUCGGAGACCACAAAUCUUUGGAGGCUGAAGCCCUGGCAGAAGACAUCGAGAAGACCAUGAGCACGGCCCUCCAUGAGCUUCGAGAGCUUGAAAGGCAAAACACAGUCAAGCAGGCUCCAGAUGUGGUCCUAGACACGCUAGAGCCCAUGAAGAACCCACCUCUGGGCUCCAUCAGCUCAGAACCCGCCAGCCCCCUGCACACAAUCGUCAUCCGAGACCCGGAUGCCGCCAUGCGCCGCAGCAGCAGCUCCACCACAGAGAUGAUGACGACGUUCAAACCUGCGCUGUCUGCCCGGCUGGCAGGUGCCCAGCUCCGCCCCCCCAUGCGGCCCAUCCGCCCCGUCGUCCAGCACCGAUCCAGCAGCAGCAGCAGCUCAGGGAUGGGCAGCCCAGCAGUGACCCCCACCGAAAAGAUGUUCCCCAACAACUCCUCCGAUAAGUCAGGGACCAUGUAGUGCCCGAACCCCAUGGCCUCAAAUGAAGGAAACCCGAGUUGUUACCAUUGGCGGCCACUUCUUUCCAGGACAAACCCCAGGGUGGGGAUGUCUUCUGGUAUCAGGAGAAGAAAAAUGGUCCAAAGACAACUUAACCAGGAAGAUGUGUGAAGCAUUGAGUUUAUGGUAUUGGUUGCCAUCUGUAUUUAUCUAUUUGCAGAAACGGAUAGACAUAAAGUGUGUGUAUAUAUGCAUAGGAUAUGUACAUACACCGAAGUAAUCUGAACAGAAGCUUUUCAUAAGAUUUCAGCAAAGUGUAAAAAGGCUUAUUCUGCUUAUUGUCACUGGAAAUUAUUCUAUAUAUAUAGAGAUAUAUAUAGAUAUAGAUAUGUAUGUAUGUGUCUGUGGGUGUGUAUAUAUAUAUACAUAUUUAUGCAUCUAUAUACAUAUACUAUAUAUGUAAACACACAUACCAAGUGUACAAAGUAUCAUGUUCCUUUUUAUGAAAAUUAGAUUUACCUCAGACCUGUGCCACUAAACAUCUCCCGUAGAGUGGUUUGGUUGGAUUUGUGGGGCUUCUCUGGGAGAUUUUUGGGGCACACAGCAACUGUGCAUGAAGCAAUAGAGCUCUGACCUUUGGAGAUUUCCCUUCCAUGUAAGUGGGCGUCUCGAGACUGGCGCAACUUCUGUAACCGUCUACUCAGAAAGGCGACAGCAGUGCCACUGGCAAACAGGCUUUCCUCAGUGACUGGGGAACCCUUCAUGUCAAGCCUUGAAAGACUCCUGGUAACCUACAAGAGGGAUGAGGGUCAGCCGUCUGCCAUUAAGGUAUACUAAAAAUGGACGACAAGAACCUUGCCACCCCACCCUACCCCCGACCACCAAACCCUUGUAUUUGUGUGUAGAAAAGGGGAUUAUAAGUACCUAAGCCGAAACGUAGCACAGUGUUGUGUGUGUUUAAAAAAAAAAAGAAAAAAAGAGAAUACAGUGGUGUUGAAUACUUCCAGACCCAACAGAGCAGUAGUAAUAAACCGAUAGGUGUAACUAUAGUGGUUUAACUUAGACUGUUUGGGAAAUCCUUAAUUUGCCUUUUUCUCUUUUUUACUAAUUAUCACCGUGUCAAAUUGGGACUAAACAGGCAAGGAGGCUUUGGUUUUCAUUGGUUUAUUUCAAGUUGCACAGUCAUUCCCGAAAGUCUAACUUGGGUUGGGGUCCUCCCUCUUGCAUGAAACGCAUGAGCCAUAUUUGACCAGAUCAGACAGGAGCCAGUCUGAUGGGGUAAGAGUUUGCACUUUCUAUACUGUAUAAUACAGCUGGUGGAGUUUAUGCAAAUGAAAUUGCUUUCUGUUUCCUCCCUUUGGGGAGGAGAAAAUGUGCUGAUGGAGCUGGGAUGCAUGAUUUCUUAUUGUAUGAUGAUUGAGUCUUCUCUCUCCUGACUGGGUUCAGGACCCUCUGUGUUUCUUUAGUUCAUUUUAUUUUCUCUUCUGGUCUCUUGAAUCCAUUUCCCCAGGGAUGUGCCAAAAGCCACAGGGUAUUGGAGCACAGGUGAACCCAGUUUGAAUCUGAGCCCUCCUACUUAGAUCUUGAAUAUCCUUCCAGGAAAACCCUCUGCUUACUUUGUCCGGUUCUUCCUUCACCCCUGCUUCCCUAGGCCUCUUGGUAUUUACUUUCAUAGCUGUGCUGAUGAGCAAGGGAAGUUCUGCUCAAACCCUUGAAAACCUUCUGGUAUUAGAGGGGUAGAUGGUGGUGGAAUUUUCUUGCCAGCCAAUCAAGGAGCCAGUUGUCAUCUUGUAUCAGUAAUAGCAUCUGUUGCUCGAAGAGCUCACUAGAUACAUCAGAGGGAGCUUUUACCUCCGUCCUGGAACAUCGAUCCCUGGAAUUCUCCCAUUAGUGAUUCAUUCCUCUAGCUUAAGCAUUGUACCUGCACCCUUUGGAAAAUAUAACAGUAUCCCCUCCCUACAUGAAGCAUGUCAUAUUAAGUCCUCAGGUCUUAGUGUUAAUGAAUGGGAUGUUUUCCUGUCUGAUAGCAAGAGCCAGGGUGCAUGAAGAUAUGGGGUACCUGGAGAGGGAAAGGGUUCUGAAGGCUGUAGAAAGGGGAAAAAUGGAUAUGUAGGAAGGGGAACCAAAGUGAAGUUUCAAAUCCAUCACAAUUUUGCCUAAGGCCAGUCCUAGUUUUGUGAACUGAAAAUCUUAAUUAUAAAAGAGGCCUAAGAUCACCUGACUCAAUCCCCUGCUGAACCAUUAUUGCCAUUUUUGAGAUUGGGUAACAGAGUUGCAGAGAAAUGACCUUGUCUGAGGUCAUAUAGCUAGCUGCUAAGCAGCAGAGCCAGGGCUGAAAACCUAGGUCACUUAACCUCCUAAUGCAGUGCUCUGUCCACUAUAUUGUAUAAUCCCUGGAAUAGGUACCCUAAUGGGCACUUUUUAAAAAACUUCCUAUAAAAGAAUUGCCCAUUUAUAAAAAAAAAAAAAGAUAUAGAGACUGGUACAUUUCGGUCACUUAUUUGCAAGCCUGUUGUAUCAUCUUCUAGGGACUAAAGACUCCUUCCCUUCUGCUGAGGAGCCACCAGUCUGAAUUUAGUCCUCUUGCCAUUUUGGCUGAAUGAUCCCAUACCACCAAGACAGGCAUUUGCAAAAUGAAAAAUUCUACCAGUCCACUGGGAUGAUUUUUUUUCCCCUCUCCAAAUUUUGCCAGUGAUAUUUCCCCCCAUUGAAUUUACUAUCGUCUUGGGCUCUGGUGUGGAUAAAGCCUUAGUAACUUUCUUUUCAGCACCCUGUUUGCUUCCUAUGGAAUUAUUUCACACUUGCUUACUCAGGAGAGGCCUCCCACCUGGGUAGAAGUACCAUAGCUACAUUGCCCCCCAGGAUGAAUGCUGACCUGCUGGGCAGAAGCAAAAGGAAGACAAAUUCCUCAUGAUUUUUUGCUCUCACUUUCUCUCUCAAUAGCCAGGACCCAUGCAUGCUUCACAACGCAGUGUCUUCCUGACCCUUGCCUGUUCUAGUCUGAUUGAUAUUGUUGUAUUUGUUGAAAUGCUAGAAAAGUAACUAUUGAAAUGUAAACUAUAUAAAAAAAGGCUAAAUGUUAAUGGUAGCCAGUGCCACUGACCAAAUCUUUGCACUUAGUAGAUAGAUCAAUAUAAAAACAAAACAACCCUCUCCCCCACAAACCUAAUCUUUCACUGUACAGUGUGUGUGUGGGGGAAAUGUAGUCAUUAGUUAAUAGUCCUCAGUAUAAUCAAUUUUAAAAGGGGAAGUGGUGUUUACACACUUGUUCGUAAGCGUUGUGGAAAACUGUGAUGAUCUCAACUAGCUCUCUGGCUUUCUGGAGUUUUUUUGUUUUGUUUGUUUCACCUUAGUUGAACUCUUGAGGCCAAAGCCUUUUUGUCUUUCUGGGGGGGCAGGUGUCAGUCUGUUCUAAAGAUGAACCAGUGAGACAUUCAUUUAAAACUGACCAAAGACAUGAUUUCUGGUCCAGUUUCCCAUGCUGUCCUGGAGAGAGGACCAUCAUUUGCCAGUCUUUCUCGGGUACUUGAGAUCAAAUCCUGCUUCCCACCCUGACUCCUUUUUUUUUUCUUUUCCUCUUUAAUAACUGUGGGUCUCUAUGAAAUUCUUGCCUUUUCUUGUUUUCAGUGCGAAUGUUUUCUCACCUUUAAGCGCCUUUAGAAAAUCCCAGAACACAAGAUUGGCGUGAAUCCUAAGCAUGGGAAGUGAAUGCUGCCUGAUUUUUUUCCUUUCAUACCAUUGGGCUAAAUUCCCAAGGGAGGAGGGGACCUUUUAAUCAAAAAAUGGAGCAGCAGGAGGUGGGGAAGAAGAUGAGCCACUUUUCUGAUAUCAUGGCUUAUAAGAUGAUAAGUAGAAAGUGUUCAAAGGAGGUCAGCCAAGAUGGCGAAGGACCUUGAGUCCUUGCCAUAGGAGGAUAUGCUGAAGGAACUAGGGAUUAAACAUCCUGGAGAAGAGAAACUUGGAGGGGGGGGGAGUGGGAGGAGAGGGAGGGGGAAGACAUGAUAUCUGUUUUGAAGUAUUUGAGGGUUGUCACACGGAGUUUCUGCCUCACAGAGCAGAAAUAGGAACACUGGGCAGAAAUGGUUAGAAAAAAAAAAGCAAAUUCAAGCUUCCUGAAAGCAAAAACUCGGAACAAUGAGAGUCACCCCAAAGCUGAAUGGGCCGCCUCUGUAGGAUGCCAGACUCCCUUGGAGAUCUUUAAGCAAAGACUGUCGGAGCAACUGUAGGACAAAUUACAAAGGGAAUUCUUCUUCACUUGAGGUUGGCCUGCGUGGCUCUGAUGUCCCUUCCCACUCUGAAAUAUUGGAUUCUUUGAUAGGAAGUGAGGGGACAGCUUGAUAAACAGGUAUGAAACAUUUUUCCUCAUAGUACUUAACCUAAAGGGGAACACGGGCUUCCAGGAGGACCGUACUUGGACCAGCUGCUUGGCUGGUUUGGGCUUGCCUUGCGGGUUUUCUCAUUCUUUUAAGCACGAAUGUGGAGGCCUUCCUACUACGUGGUGGUAUGUUGGCACUUAAAGUGCAGAACCUGGCCAAAGGACAGACCCCAAGGACAUAUGUCACAGUCGUCCCCCCCCCCCAGUCUUUUGCUUCCUGAUUUUUUCACUAUUUACCUUUUUCACCAACAAGGAACAACAACUAUGAUAAUAAAAACUCAUUUAUUUAGCACUUUAAGGUUCAUAAAGCGCUUCCCUCAUGACAACCCUGUGAGGUAGAUGGUGCAAGUAUUUUUCUCUCUCUUUUACAGAUGAGGAGACCUCUGUUUAGAAUGGUGGUGGUGGUUGGGGGUGAGGGUGAGUUGCCUGGAGUUACACAGCUGUUAAGUGUCAAAGUUCAUGACUGCCAGGCCAAGGCUCCUUCUGGUUGCCUCAGAACUAGCCACUGAGAAGCCCAGAAGGGCCCCAGACCUAAAAAGGGUGGCAUAGAUGGGGGAAAGGGAAGGAAGAGACAGGGAAUAGGAGGAGGGGGUUGUUGAUGAGUUGAUUUUCUGCUGUGCAGAGCAAAUUCAGACAUCUUAAGCCUGGGUUCAAAUUCAGACAUCUAUUUCUCCUGGAUUGUUUGGAAUUUUCUGUCUUUAGGAGAGCUGGGAUUCCCACCUGUGCCAAGGCUUGAAGGUAGGGGCCAGGGAGGAGUGGCAAUCCUGUAACAUGUGGGGCUUGCUGGGCUCCCCUCUUACAGGCUUCCAGAGAUUGCUCUUUCCAGAAGUAGGCAGCCCAUUCUCUGGUGCUGGCUUGGCAGCUCUUGCCAACUUCCCUCCCCACAUCAGCUGAUUCCUCUUUCCCUUUGAACUCUCCCAUGCCAGCCACUUCAACGUGACUGUUCUCUGUAACCAGAACAUUAGUGCACUUUUCCCUUCCUAGAUAGAAAGUAUACCCUGGAUAGAGAUUUUUGUACAUUUUGAACUCUGUUAUCUCCUAGCAGUGUGACAGUUUACAUGGUUUGGCAGUAGAGACAAUUCUGAUCACUUUCCAGUGGCUGGCAUUUCUUGUCUUCCCUUCCAUCCCCUUCGCCUGUUCCCACCCCUAACUCAAUCUUACUGUACACAAACCAAUCUAAGCAACCCGGGGAAACUGUGCCCUCCCCUCCCCACUUUGAUGAUCAUCAUUGUUCCUCUGGAUAUUGUUUCUGUAUGGUACAACCAAAUGUCCUUCAUUUAGACUGUCUGUUUGGAUCCUCUGUCCCUCCCACACACUGAUGGUGCCCUGUAGACCAAGCCGCUGGUUUGACGUGGAGCUGUCCUGUGAAAUAAAACAGCGUAACUUUCUCAAACUGGCUGCUGAUGCUUUCUGCGAUUGCCCAAACAGGCAUUUGCUUGGGGUGGUGGGCUGCCUGGAGGUGAUGCUUUCCUCCUCAUCCACAGUGCUUUGCUUCCUAGGGGAGGGGGAGAGGCUGGAAGGAGAGGGUGGGAGACGCUUUUGCUGUCCUUGGCUUUGGCCUUGAGUAACAUUGCUUAAUCUCGCUUAAUUGACCAGCCAUUUAUUAAUACCUGCCACACGUCAGGCAGUAUGAUAAAUGCUAGAGAUACAAAGACAAAAGUCAGAUAGUCCUGUUCCUUUGGGGAGCACUCACUCUACUAGGGGAUCACCAGGAAGUGAAUAUGCAAAACACAUGCAAAACAAGAGCAUCAUUGUUUUAAGGACACUGACAAUUUGGGGGGAUCAGGAGAAGCCUUUUGAGGGAAGGGGCUCUUGAAUUGAGCCAAGGAGUGGAGGAGCUAGGAUUUCCUAGAAAAAGAAAUGAUGAAAUAGAGCAUUCCAAGCAUAGGGGGAACUGCCUAUGCAAAGGG